UGACAAACAUCAAAAACAAUUUCCAGUGAUAAUUGAUGUAGAUGGUGGAAAUGACGAUUUUCUUGCGAUUCUUUACGUGCUUAAAUCUAAGGAACUCGACGUACGUGGUAUUACUUACAAUGGUGACGGAUUUUCGCAUGCAGCUUCGGCUCAGAACAUUAUCGAUAUCGUGGAUGAUAACUAUCCUGGAAAAAACCUUCCUGUUAUACUUGGUGCUGACUAUAACCUAUACGAAACCGACAAAAAUCCAGAUGCCUUAGGUACUCCAGGCUGCACUUAUCAAAAGACGGUCCCAGAAGGAGCUAAUGGAAAACGUAAUCAAGAUUUGCUAUACGGCCUAAAUCGACAGCUUAGGUUAUCAAAACGAAUAUGGUAUGACGCUAUUAAAGGUUUUAAUAUCACUAAAGACCUUGCUUAUCUCAUUGAUUCUACGAUUGAAGAAACUGGAAAAAAGCCCACAAUUAUAAUGACUGGUCCAGCAACCAAUAUUGCUACUUUUUUACGUGCAUUUCCAACUUACACUGCAAAAAUUGACAAAGUUUUCUGGAUGGGUGGCGCUUUAAAUGUUCCUGGAAAUGUAUUUAGCGUACCGAAUGAUACUCGCGCUGAAUUUAAUGUUUAUCUUGAUUGUGUGGCUGCUCAAGAAUUGCUUGCAUCUAACUUAGAUAUUACUUUGGUACCAUUAGAUCUUAUAAUUCAAACUCCACUUAAUCCUGCUUUUUUCGACAAACUCUCAAAGCUCAAAAGCUUUUAUGGUAUGUUUGUAUAUAAUCUUUUGUCAAUUAUUCGUGCAACAUGGCCUGGUGGGGACUCUGCAUUCUUUACUGGUUAUUAUCUUUGGGAUCCUACAACAAUCGCUAUUGUUAAAAAUGUUGGUGUUGCCAAAAUUGUAUCAAAUCGUACAUUAGCUGUUACUUGUAAUGGAGAUCCGAAUUACGAUGGACAGCUUGUAAAGUCUAAUACUCUUACAAAUUCAAAACUUAAAGUUGCAAUUGAUGCUAUUGUUAGCACCACUAUUGAAAAUUCUCCAUUUUUUCAAGAUUUUCUUAAUACAAUUAAUUAUGAUUAA